CAUUUUGUGAAGAGAAGAGAAUAGUUGUUCUGAUCUGAUAGUGUGUAUGAUCUUGGUUUUUUUUUCAAACGAAGAAGAAGAAGAAGAAGAAGAAGAAAAAAGAGUUGUUCUGAUCUCAUAGUUGUGUAUCAUCUUGUUUGUUGUUUUUCAAAUGAAGAAGAAGAUGGGUUGGUCGCAUCCGGAUAUACAACUGGAAGAUUUCUUGAAACUGAUCAAAGGGUUUGUAGAUAUCUUGAUUUUGGCAUCUGGGUAUCAAUCCUCUGGUUCUCUUGCCCAUUGGGACCCCCACAACUUCAACAAAGCUUUUCAAUGGGGUCUUUUCUUUCAGAAUGUCCUGAGGCAGUUGAGGUGCUCAGAUGGUUACCAAGACUCCGUAAAGGAACUUGAUGCUGCUUUAUCUGAAAUAACAUCUAAUCCAUUCUUCCCGCAGGGUCUUGCACAUCUAUCAUCUGAUACUCUUCAUCGAGCAAGGGACUUUGUGUUAGAACAUCUGAUCCAUACCUUACCACUGAGGGACACACAUCUCAGAGAUUUUACAAUAGCAACUAUUGAAAUGGAUCUUGAUGAGCUUCGGAGAACCAGAAAUGAUUUCCUUAAUGUGUAUCUUAAUAAGUUGGUGUUGCAGAAUCCAUCUGUGAAUCCAGAUUUGGAUAGGAGAGGUUUCAUGGAGGACUCAAUACUUUCAUCUCAAGACAUUGUUCCCAAUACAAAAAUUGAAGGUGAUUUUACAGAGUAUACUAUUCAGGAACUCAUCAGGAGGCAAUCAGCAGUAUCAUGCAUAUCCUCAGCAGAAGCUGGGUUGGAUAUUCUUUGCAAGGCCAUAAGGCAAGGCAAUUGGAAUAAGUCUGACCAUGGCUUGUUUGAAGAACUACUAAAGCAUGCCUCAGCUCCACUGAUUGAAGAGCAGUUGAUUGAAUAUGACACAUGGAAUUGUUGGAAAAAAGGGACUCUCUCCUAUUUUCUUGACAAGAGAACUAUCAGAUUGGUGUCAGGUGCCAGCAUGAUAUUCUCUGCUCCUAAGGUUCAAUGGGUUCAGGUGUUCGAAAGGUUGAACAUUUCAGCAGAAGCCAGUGAUGAUGAUUCACGUGAUAUAAUAGUGAGCUUGCUGAGAGAAUUUGGUGCCUUCACAUCUACCAUGUUUGUGGCUCCCAUCGAAUCUGUGGCACAAACUUUGCAUGAACUACUGCUAAUGAGGCAUGACUAUGACAGGCGUCGUUCAGAUCUCCUGUCUUUAUGCACUGCUUAACUGCCAUGCCUCUUUGUUUUGGAGCUUAGUCUGCCCUUUAAAAGGCUGAAAUUUUUUCUGUAGAGGUGGUGAAAGACAGUCCUCGGGAAAAUAUAAAUCCAUGGAGCACAUUUUGAGCUGUAUAGUUAACGGAGAGGUAUUAGUAGGAUGUGCAUCUAUACAUAUAUAAAGCAAAAAGGUCUUUCUAAUGAACGUGCUCCAAACCCUUACACUAAAAUUUUAUAAUUUAUAUUUAUUUAUUGAUGUGACAUAUUACGUGGUAGAGCUGUAUCAUUUUUUAGAAUUUAAAAUUUUAUUAUUUUAUAUUAAUAGAAAAAACUGUGAAAUUUAUUAUUUA